UAACAAGGUGGAUUUGGAUCUGAAUCAGAAUUUUGAACGCCUUCUUGCCAAAAGUGGUCAUUUUUGUGGUAAAAUUGAUUAGUUUCAUUCUUGUGAUAUUUAAAACCAUCGGAGGCACUUAAUUCGGGAUAGUCUGUGGAAAAUCUAAAGAAGAUUUCUGUGUAAGAUGAACUCGGUAGCCUGGGUCUUUGUGGCCCUGCUAGGCGUUGCACUGGUUCAGCACGCUGUAGCCCAAAACACUAUCACACAAUGUUUUGUGUCUGACUUGAGCGAAGGCACAAUCUACUACUCCUACGACUCCGCCACUAACAUGAACAACAAGCCGAUCGCGGUCAUGCAGAGUCUUGACUCACAGAACAACAUUGUAUCGCCACUGUUCCAGAUCGAACUGGACACUUCCACGUCCAACUACGAAUUGGAGUGUUGGGAAAAUUUGAAAUUGUGCAAAGCACAUCUCUGGGAACUGCUGAGCCCUGCAAGGAGACAGUUCUUUUUCGGACCCUCAAGUGGAGCCGCGAGCGCAUCGCUGGGCAGAGUGCAGGUGGCUGGAAUCGAUGGUGGCACAUUUGUCGACUGCUAUCCGGUCGGAAGAGUGUUAGAUUUCAUCAAUGAUCCUGUGGACUCACUUACUUCUUUCACUGGAGCCGAGACGGAUUUUGGAGGUGUUAACGGAAACUUGAUCGGAAUUCAGUAUUGGCCAGUUUCGAUUACACCCUAUUUGAACAAUAACAACCUGCAGGGUCUUACGGUUUCGUAUGGUGGCGGCAACAGUGCUAAUUUCGGAAUCACCAAUAAUGGAGGUCAGACCGCGGAAGCAUUUUCUGCCGGCAAUAUCCUAAGAAUAACUCUUUACUACACUUCGUCAAUCAGCGUGGGAACUACGUGCGGAUUGGCAAUUGAUUACGCUGACAACACAAAUGAUUACGCAGUCGGUUGUUCUACAUUCGGUGACACCUUCACUAUUUCGAACGGCUUUGAUUUUGCUGGUUUCAUGGGAUACCAUGCCAGUGGCGACAACAACCUUCUUCUUUUCCCUCUCGAAAACCAGCGAAUGCAGCCUAAAGUGUUCUACUACGGCCGCACUCACAGUUCAGUGACAGCCUACGUGAAUGCUUUCUUCCCGCUUCCCACAGAUCUGAGCUACACCUAUACACUAGUUAAUGGCAUCGACACUAGCUCUGACUCGCCUUCAUAUUCUUCAGUACUUGUAGGAAGUGUGUCUGCAUCACAAGGUAACUCUGGACAAUUCCAAUUCCAAAUCAGAACCGACUGCGGGUGUGUGCCUGUGAACUUGACCGUGGCCGCAGAAUACACAGAUGACAGUGACGUUGUGAAUGGUCCUAGUGAUCAAACGACUCUUUGGUCAUUUGGUUAUGAGGCUGUGGAGGUUGAUCAAACCAACAUACUUGGGGGAGUUCAGAAUUAUGGAGCUACCUACGAGACCUACUCGCAGUUCGUGUCGCCGGACGAAGGUCAGCAGCGUGUGGAUAAGUGUCCCGAAAUGUUUCUGCUCUGGGCCAUAACUGACCUUGUCAGAGGUCAACUCUACAUUGAUGGACUUCUGGGAGACGCCGAUAACAGUGUUCCUACUGCAUAUAAUGACGCCAUGUUCACCCAAGCCUCUACUCUGGGACCAUUCAAUACAGUCAUUGUUUCCUUUGAUAACAACAACGCUGUUCAAGCGUUAUCGUUCGGCUGGAAUGGCGGUAGUGCGCUGACUAUCGGCGAUACUACUGGUGCUGCUCAGAGUGUUACAUUGAACUCCAAUAAUCCAAAUGUCAUUGUGAUGAAGGUGGCUUUGAAAAAAGUAUCAGGCGCAUCAACGGCGGAAGACAUUGAAGUUACAUUCGGGCAGCCCAUAGCUCCCUGUCUGAUCGAAAAGAUGGUGGUUCCGGACGUGGCUGGACAGUGGUUCACCGUUUUCACCAAUAUCUUCAGUGUCGAUGAUGACAACGAUGCGGACUUGUAUGAUUUCUGGCUCUACAUACCGGUUGACUACACCCAACUACGAUCCAGACUCAAUGGAUACUUCUUGACAGAUGGAGGCACUUACAAUCUCACCAUGCUGCCUGGGCCUGCAACGGUUGCAUUCGACCGAGCGACUGUAGUUAACGCCAAGUUCUACCACUUGCAAGCUGAACACACGUACAAUGUCGAUUUCUGGGGCGAAGUUGACAACCUGGCUGGUAAUAGCAAUGCUGAUCUGACCAGUCUCGAAACGGUAUCCACUGAUUUCGAGGACGGCAUGGAAACAUUCAGAACGCCACAUGGUGUGAGGUUGGAGUGUACCACGGAUGGACAAAUGUAUGAACAAGUGGAGUACGAGGCCGUUCCCGACCCCGAGAUAAAGACAUACUACACUGCUGACUCUGGCAGCCUCGGGUCGACUGUGGGGGGAGUGGACACAGAGGCAGCCCAACAGGACCAGUUCAGCAACUACAAUUUCUUCCACUAUGACCCGAACAGCGACAACUACCCCAAGUACGGAGACUUCGCUGGAUACCCCACUGGAGCAGCUGUGUAUUACAGCAAUACUGAUAAUUGCAUCCAGGGUUUGGCUCUGACUUACCGUGCUUUCGACGGCAGUACAUUUCGUUCGUUCGUGGCCGGAGACGAGGCUGGAUACAACACCAAUACCUUAACUAGAGAUCAAGUAACCUUCACGAUGCCCGUCACUCAUGUCUAUGGCAACAUCGGUAAUGAUGGAGGGUCGAGUUGCCUGUCCGGAAUCAGAUUCACAAUCGGACCUGCUGGCUCAGUUGGCACGACUGAUUUUGGCUGCAUCGGGCCCAGCGCUACCAGUUGCAACACUCAGUUAUUCCAAGAUGACCAAAGCGAUACAGGUAUCACCUACUACCUGAGCGGACUCAAAGUUUCCAGUGACGCAGACGGAGACUACGUCAGAGGAAUUGCAGGAGCCUUCACAUAUGUCGACCUGCCAGAGGUUGAAACCAACGGUAAUUGCAUCUUGGACAUGGAUAUUGAUUGGAACUAUAUUAGACAUUCCAGUUGGUGCAAGGAACUCAACUUGAUUACUGAUGCGAUCGACUGUGCUAUUAGUACCUACCGAUACCCCGACCACCAAACUGACACUACUGAUAAACCUGACCAGAGAGACCCGGAUGACGCUUUCUACGAAGGCGACGAACACCAGAUCACUUACCACCAAAAACUCAUCCGAACCAGAGACCGAAAUCAAGAGACUUGGAAGGAUAAUACCAAGAACACAGGAGGUACAGACCUAGGUCUGACUAUAGUGAGACAGAACGACUGGCAGGCAAAUCUGUUCUGCUACUACAAUGCCACUGGUCUGGUCAGCAGCAGUUUCAGUGUGGAGCCAGAGGAAGGGAUCUUCGCCGCCGGCAAGAAUGAGUUCAAUUUCGCACUCAAGAUCUACCAGGAUCACACCUACAGUACCGCAUACGGACCAAACGAAGUGCCUAUCAUGUUGUUGGAUGAGCCAGUGUACAUGGCUGUGACCAUUGAAGACAGCGAAAGUGCCUUCUAUGUGAGAGGAUUCAAGUGCUGGGCUUCUAAAACAGAAACUCUGCCCGCACCUACAAACAACGAAGAAUGCUAUACCCUGUCCCAGGAAUCCGGGUGUUAUCAAGACGACACUUUCCGAUGGGACACAGGCUUUAGUACGCGGCUUAUGGAUCCUUUCUACUUCGAUGCCUUCGCCUGGUUUGAUAAUAACGUAGUUUCGACCGAAGUUGUCUUCAUUCAGUGCGAAGUCAGGGCGUGUCUCGAGGACGCGGAAGAUUCAACAUACUGCUCCAGAACUUCUGAGAAUAAUGCAUGUACAGAUUUGAAUACACGGCAGCGUAGGGAUCUUUCUCCGAUCGAGAAUAACAUGGAGACGGUCAUCACUUCCACGCCCAUCAUCAUCAAGCGACGAGACACUGCGGCCAACACUCUCAACAUUGAGCGUGGCCCCAUCAGACUGGAGGAGGGAGGAGUAAGGAUGGCAGCUGGGUUGUUCAGUCUUUUUGUCACCACCAUGUUCUUCUGCGUCCUUGUCAUCUCCUACAAGGUCUACAAACUCAGAAGCAACUACACCAGACUGAGGACUUCCACCGGAACGGUUAACAACCAAAACUAAGAAGACCAAGAAAAGAAAGGACUGGAACAAAGAGGAGCAAAUAUAAUGCUUGUUUUUUUUCUAUGAAGAUUUCAAAUACAUCUUUUUAUGCGGAAAAUACUACGCUUUUGUAAAGCGGAAAUUGUAAAUAAUUUCGUACCCUUUGAAAAUUUUUGUAUUCACAUUUUGAUGUUAUUAUCGGAGAUUCUUGAAAGUAAAAAAAAAUAAUUUUGCAUGUAUUUUGUAUAUACGAAAAUAAAUGUUUAUAUCGG